UGUAAACCGGGCAUCAGUCAACGUUCAACGUUCACAGUAGCAAGUAUUGCAAUACUAAAUCUACAAACUACAUAAAAUCAACAUGACCGGACGCGGUAAAGGAGGAAAAGGUCUUGGAAAAGGAGGCGCCAAACGUCAUCGUAAAGUGUUGCGUGAUAACAUCCAGGGAAUCACCAAGCCCGCCAUCCGUCGGUUAGCCCGUCGUGGAGGUGUGAAACGUAUCUCCGGUUUGAUCUACGAAGAGACCCGUGGAGUGUUAAAAGUAUUCCUUGAGAACGUGAUCCGUGAUGCAGUCACCUACACCGAACACGCCAAGAGGAAGACCGUUACCGCCAUGGACGUCGUCUACGCACUGAAACGUCAAGGACGUACCUUGUACGGUUUCGGAGGUUAAAUAUUUACGUGCUACACCUUAUACAUUUAUUAAAAAGGCCCUUUUCA